ACUGUGAGUAUAAACAAAGCUAUCAACACUCAAGAAGCCGCUGUGAAAGAAAAACAUGCAAGAACUUGUAUUUUGGGGACACACCAUGAGAAGGGGGCUCAGACUUUUUGGGUAGCUGUGAACCGCCUGCCGCUGUCCAGCAAUGCAGUUCUCUGCUGGAAGUUCUGCCACGUUUUUCACAAGCUGCUGCGAGAUGGUCACCCCAAUGUUUUGAAGGACUCUCUGCGUUACAAAAAUGAGCUCAUUGACAUGAGCCGGAUGUGGGGGCAUCUUAGUGAUGGGUAUGGACAGUUAUGUAGCAUCUAUUUGAAGCUUCUGAACACAAAGAUGGAUUUCCACACAAAGAACCCUCGUUUCCCGGGCAACCUACAGAUGACUGACAGACAGCUGGAUGAGGCUGGAGAGAAUGAUGUCAAUAAUUUUUUUCAACUCACUGUGGAGAUAUUUGAUUACAUGGAAUGGGAGCUCAAUCUGUUUCAUGCAGUUUUUAAAUCUUUGGACAUGUCACGUUCAGUGUCUGUGACUGCAGCUGGCCAGUGCCGCCUCUCUCCUCUCAUACAGGUCAUCUUAGACUGCAGCCAUCUGUAUGAUUACACUGUGAAAUUACUUUUCAAGCUGCACUCAUGCCUCCCCACAGACACAUUACAGGGACAUCGAGAUCGCUUUAUGGAACAAUUUCAGAAGCUAAAAGAUUUGUUCUACCGUUCAAGUAACCUACAGUACUUUAAACGUCUGUUACAGAUUCCCCAGCUUCCAGAGAACCCACCUAAUUUUUUGAGGGCGUCAGCCUUGUCUGAACACAUCAGUCCUGUGGUUCUUAUACCUACGGGAAAUUCCCCUCCUGAUAGUGAGACGUUAGUGGAGACAGAUGAUCUUGUUGGAAUGGAUUCAUCCUCUCAGGGUAUGCCUGAGAAUAAGUUUGAUGAUAUCUUUGGCAGCUCCUUCAACAAUGACCCGUUUAAUUUCAGCAGCCAAAACGGCAUGACCAGGGAUGACAAAGAUCGCCUAAUAGAGCAACUGUAUAAAGAAAUUGCCAAUCUAAGAGAUGAACUGGGAAACUUCAAAGCAGAGAGUCAUCGGUUGGUUGUUCAUCUGAAGGGGCGCAUCCAAGAGCUAGAGGCUGAGUUAGCGGAGCAGAAACACCUGAGGGAACAAGCAGUGGAUGAAAAUGAUUUUCUGCGAACAGAACUGGAAGAUUUGAAGAGGAUUAAACAAGAUACAGAGAAAGCCCAGAAGAAUCUUACAGAGAUAGAGAGAAAAUCGAUUGCUAAUGAGCAAAGAUACACCAAGCUGAAGGAGAAGUAUGCAGAACUGGUGCAGAGUCAUGCAGACCUUCUCAGAAAGAAUGCAGAAGUCACCAAACAGAUGACGUUUGCUCGAGAAUCUUUGGGGGAUGUGGAGCGUUCCAAGAAAGAGCUGGAGGAUUCGUAUCAGCGGGUAAAUGAGCACACACAGAGAAAGGCACAGGAGCAGAUACAACAAAUGGAUGACUUACAGGGAGCACUAGAGAGCAGUAAACAGGAGAUUCAGCUUCUGAAGAGCAGCAUGCAAACCUCCAAGCAGGAAAGCCAAGCACAAGUAAAGGAAAUUGAAGACAGUGUUGUACAGCGCAUCCUACAGGAAGCAGAAUCCAUCAUACAGGAAUCCCUCCAACAACUGGAUGAGCCAAUUUAUACCAGUGGCAGUGUGUCUACAGACUUUCUAAUCUCCAGAACAGUAGCAGCUGUAGAGAGCACAGAGAAACUAGAGGAGGCAUGGAAAAAACAUGUGUCGGAAACUUCAGGUGAGAAGAAAGGAUGGGAAAGGACCAAAAGAUGUAAAGAGUAUAGCAGAUGUGAACUGUUUGUUGUCGAGUGUGGUUCAGUUUGCACAUAGAAUCAGUGAUGUGAUCCUACAAGGAGCUCAGACCAGAACCUCUGACAAGUUAAGUGACAGCUGUCGGACUUGUGGCACAGAAGCUCUUAACUAUCUUUCGGGUAUACGAAAUAGAAAAGCAGAUGAUGAAGUGGACUGCAGCCAUAUUACUCUCACACUCAAGUUGAUAGCUGAUAUUGCUCAGGAGUUACGUCCUCCAUCACUGGAUAUCAAAGAGGAGGAGUUGGGUGACCUAGUGGAGAAAGAAAUGACAGCCACUGCAGCAGCUGUAGAAACUGCUGCUGCCAGGAUUGAGGAAAUGCUGAAGAAGUCUCGGACAGAUGAUACUGGACUCAAAUUACAAGUCAAUGAACAGAUUCUUCGGUCAUGUACGGAUCUCAUGCAGGGAAUCCACGCUUUGAUUCUGGCCUCAAAGGAUCUUCAGAAAGAGAUUGUGGAGAGUGGAAGGGGAGCAGCAUCUCCAAAAGAGUUCUAUGCCAGAAACUCACGAUGGACAGAGGGGCUGAUUUCUGCUUCCAAGGCCGUGGGGUGGGGGGCCACUGUUAUGGUGGAUGCUGCAGACCUUGUUGUCCAAGGGCAGGGAAAUUUGAAGAUCUUAUUGUAUGUUCCCAUGAAAUUGCAGCUAGCACAGCCCAGCUUGUAGCAGCUUCCAAGGUAAAAUCGGAGAAGGACAGUACUAACCUGACCAGAUUGCAGCAAGCUUCGAAAGUGGUAAAUCACAAUGCUGCUGGUGUGGUGGCUUCCACAAAAUCGGUCAAGUCCCAGAUUGAUGAAGUAGACACAAUGGACUUCUCUACCUUAACGCUAACUCAAAUUAAGCGGCAAGAGAUGGAUUCCCAGGUGCGUGUUCUUGAACUAGAGAGUCAGCUGCAAAAGGAGAGAGAAAAGCUGGGAGAACUAAGGAAGAAGCAUUAUGAAUUAGCUGGUGUCUCUGAGGGCUGGGGGGAUGGUAAGUAGAGU